AUGAACACCCCACAGCAGUAUCAACGACCAGCCGGACCCCUACCCGAACCCCAUCUACCACUUCGUAAAGCUUCAGCUCAGCGACUACAGCAAAGACAUGCACCGACACCGAUCUUUGCACACUCGCACCACCAAGUCCGUGGCUUCAAUCCUGCGCCAGUGCAACCACUACCUCAUAUUGAUGCUGUGUCAGCAAGCUCCGAGCAUGCCUUUGCUGGACGAGAUGUGAGAAGACCUUCGAAGCUGCCAUUGGGUAGCUUGGUGCUACGACAAGGUCAAGACCUUCAUCACCUGCCUUCACGAGACAGCGACACGAGUAGCAGCGGACCGUCGAGAGAGCUGGCGCGACCACCUUCUUCACCACUUCUGCCACCACCAAUGUCGCCUGGACAGAGAUCGACCAAAAGCUUGAGGAGCUCGAGAUCGCUGGGAGAGGGACUGAAGGGCAUUAGGCAGCGGAUCUCGAGCGGCAAGAGCAUAAGAACGAAUGGCAGAGCGACCCCGGACUCCAUACCUACACCGCCCAGCUUACCCGACGGAGAGCCUAGGCAGUCCUUUCGCUCGGCAUUGACCAGUCACUCGAGCUACAUGAACAGCAGCAGCAUUAAUACGGAUCUUAGCAGUUUGCGAGAUGCAGAUAGUUCUACGAGUGACUUUGUCCAUGUAUACCCGGAAUGGCCUGCGACGGAGGAGGGCAGAGGGAGUAUGACAGUGGAUGAUGCGAUCGGGAUGUAUGUAGAUGGAUUCGAGAGUGCAAAGGAGAGUAUGGAUACGACGAGGAAACAAUCACUGCAGGUGGACAGGCUACCCACUAAGCGCAGCAUGGAUCUCCACGGGAAGAGGUCGCUACAGAUCGAUAGGCCUGUAUCGCAACCAUCGAAAGUGGAGAACACGAAACGACCGAACCUCUCUCACCGCCGCAGUCAAAGUGCGAGUCUACUCAACCAGUGGACGAAUCCAGGCCUAAAGGUACCACAGCCGGAGAGUCGGCCUUCUUCGGCCAGCAUCAUCGAUGGCACAGCAUUGCCUCCGGAGCCAUCCGCACAGCCGACCACAGGGCCGGCUCUACAUUCAGUAGUUCCGCGAGACCGCUAUGGCUUUAAGAAGGCAUCUCCCUACAUCACAGUCGACCAGUACGAUGCCUGGGACGCUGUAUACAGCAAGCACAUCGAGCGCCGAACCAAGAAAUGGCAGAUCCUGAUGCAAUCAUAUGGACUCACCGUUGACCGACCACUUCGCUUCCCACCGAAAAGUGACAAGAUCAAGAGAUAUGUCCGGAAAGGCAUACCGCCGGAAAUGCGUGGAGCAGCUUGGUUCUGGUAUGCUGGUGGGCCUGGCAGGCUGGUGAAAGAACCAGGGCUUUAUGCGAACUUGCUGCAGCAGGUCGAGGAUGGUCAACUGAGUGAUAAUGAUCGCGAGCAUAUUGAGAGAGAUCUCAAUAGGACGUUUCCGGACAAUAUCCGGUUCAAGCCGGAUGUGGCGUCCAUGGCGGACCUGCAAGCUGGUGCUGGGGUUGGUAGGCGGAACAACACGCCUGCCGAGCCGGAGGUGUCCAUGGUCAGGUCAUUGCGUCGCGUGCUUCAGGCUUUCGCGGUACACAAUCCUGGUAUCGGCUAUUGUCAAUCGCUCAAUUUCAUCGCUGGUCUGCUCCUGCUUUUCCUCGAUCAGGACGAAGAGAAGUCUUUCAUCUUGCUCGAGAUCAUUACUUCGAUCCACUUACCCGGUACGCAUGGCGUGGCGCUAGAAGGGGCGAACAUCGACAUCGCGGUCCUCAUGUCCUGCGUCAAAGACUCCUUGCCAGGCAUCUGGGCCAAGCUGGACGACAAAGGCGGCAUGCUCGGCUCUACCGAUCCAUCUGCGCAAGCCUUACGCUUACCAACAGUCAGCCUCGCCACAACAGCCUGGUUCAUGUCCCUCUUCGUCGGCACCCUGCCCAUCGAAUCCGUCCUCCGAGUCUGGGACUGCCUCUUCCUCGAAGGCAGCCGAACACUCUUCCGCAUCGCCCUCGCGAUCUUCAAAGCAGGCGAGCGACAAAUCCUAGCCGUCAGUGAUCCGAUGGAGAUUUUCCAGGUCGUGCAGACGAUUCCGAGGGGGAUGCUGGAUGUGAACGGUUUGAUGGAGGUGUGCUUUCGGAGGAGAGGGGGGUUUGGGCAUGUGAGUCAGGAGCUUAUUGAGAGAAGGAGGGCGGAGAGGAGGAAGGCUGUUAGGGCUGGGGUGGAGGAGGCUGGGAACAGGGAUAAAUACCGCUGGGGUGAGAUUGCUUCUAUCUUGCUUUGGAAGAAGUCGCCGUCGCUACUCCGACGAGACGACCGGUCAGCAAAUCACGAGGAGCCCGCAUAUGCCAAUCGUGCGCCCACCACUGUGGCGUCCGCUAGGGAUGUGAGUGGUAUCUUGAUCAAGAGAGACAAGGACUUUGACCUGCAGCGACGAUACCGGCAGUAUCAUGGAUGGCUGCACGGAAUUAAUGUCGACGCCCUGACUUGUGAAAGUAAAAAAGUAGCGAUUGUGCUCAGCCCAAACUUUGGCGGAAAGAAUGGUAUCUCAUUUGAGGCAGGAAUCCGCUUGAGGUAG